GGGCUGUGAGGGGGACCUGUCCGGGAGCGGUUUGGAUUUUUAAAUUCGCCGCCCUGAGAUAUAUUUUCGGGUGGAUGGAUGUGUUGGCUGUGCCGCCAAGCAACGGCGCCAUUUUGUUGUGAGGGGUCGCAGCGCGCCGACUGUUGCCGCUAGGCCGCCAUUAUUGUGGGGGGCAGAAGCUGGGACUGGGUCAUGCCCAAGUCGUGUGCUGCCUAUAACUGUACCAAUAGGUACAGCAGCAAGAACAAGGAACUCACCUUCCACAGGUUUCCCUUCAGUAAGCCGGACUUACUAACGCAGUGGAUGAACAAUGUCGGAAGAGCAGAGUUCAAGCCUAACCAACAUACAGUUAUUUGCUCUGAGCAUUUCAAACCAGAGUGUUUCAACACUUGGGGCAACCGAAAAAAUCUGAAGCAUAACGCUGUACCCACAGUCUUCAGCUACUCUGAGAUUAUGAAGCAAAGACAUCGAGCAAGGAAGAAGUUGAAAACAGCCACAGAUGUGUCAAAGCCAGAAGUAACAGAGGAGAAGAUUGAGACGGUGCCCGUGGCCACAACAAGCGGAGGGCAGGAGAACCUCCCGCAGGCAGUACCAAAUAAAGUUGCUGCUUCUGAGGGUAGUGCUGACCAUACCUACGCUGCCACCAACCUGGGCAUGAUGAAGAAGAGGUUGUUUUCUGCCCUGGAGAAAAAUGAGAAGCUAAGGAAACGGCUGAAAGUGAAACAGGAGGAGAUGAGAAGGAUGAUGAAGAAGUGGCAGGCAGUCAAAGACGAACUAGAGGAUCUGAGAGCCAAAAGUCUGUUGACAGCCAGUGGACUGAACCUCGCAGGCAUAGCCCAGCUACAGCGCUGUAUGAAUUAAAUCACUGAUUAUUUGGAGGACAGUGAGGGGACAACUUGCAGACUCUCCAUGUAGUCCACAAGGCAAAACUGAUAGUGUCAACUUAUUGACGGAAACAAAUUGCAGCAAAUUAAGUUUAAAAAGGGAAGUACAUAUAGUCACCAUUGAUCUACAAUUGAUGACAGGGAUGUAAAUCAAACUGGUCACACUACACCUUGUCUCUCCUCUCUAUGGUUGUAAUCUGCUGUGCUGUCCUCUUAAUCCCAGGAAGGUUCUCAGCAUCUGAGUUGAAAGAAAUUUAGUCGUUGACUGUCACAGGCCAUGGUGGGUCAGGGAAAGUCCCAUGAUGAUAGACAGCUUGGGAUCACAAGCCCUGACCUUUUUGGACUUCGUUUUGUGUCAGUAAGAAGCCUUGACAUUCAAACUGUGCUGUGCUUGCGUACCUGAAGUCCAGUUUUACUUUCUUACAUGUGAGAUGCUUUGAUGCUCAAAGUAUGAAUUCCUUUGCUAAUCUUCUGUAAUCAUCUCCUGGUUUAAGACAUGCUUCAAGCUCCUGUCCUGUUAAUGUAUUUCAGCAAAUCACUUGGAUACCAACCUCCAGCAGUGAGGAUAUCUGUACUUUGUACAUCAAUUCAGGUUACAGAUCCCAGGCAGUUUAGUUGGGCCUGUGCUUUUAUAACUGUUACCUACCGUACUGUUGCUAGUUUCAGUCAUAGUGGAACACAGUUUAGAUGCUUUUUAGUGACUUUCGGACUAAACCGUGUGAAGCAUAACAUCUCUCUACAUCAUCCAUAUAAAUGCUGCUGAUGGGUCAGUGAGUUACAUACUGGUUCUUCUGUCUGUGGGACUUUGAUUACAAAUUCAAGCCAGACUAAGAGGAUGAAAGAAUCCUCUGCCUGCAGGUUCUUACGAUUGCUGCAGCCUCCAGCCAGCCCACUUCAGAAGGGGGUCUACAGCAUAAAACUACUCCUACUGAAGCCCUCGCUCAUACUGAACUGAUACAUUUAUUUUGAGAGGUCACAAGCAUGGCAAUUGCCUGAAACAUAUCACUCGGGCGCAUCAGGGAAUACUACCAGGAGCUUAAUUCUGUACUUAGCCAGUGCACCAGGAGCUUGACUCUGCAUAUAACCUGCCACGUAUCCAACCCGGCAAUAUUUCAUGCCUACCCUGAUAUGGGAUGCAAAAAAAUGAAAAACUCUUUCAUUUCCUGACACCAAACAUCCCUUGCACCAAUUAUAAAGAAAGACACCUAAAAUGGGAAUUAACAAAGAAAACAGUUAAACUGAAGUGAAUAAAUGCAGUAUCUGCCGCAACCCCAUGCUGUGUGAAAACAGGUUGUGGGUUUGAUUCUUAUCUAGACUGAUCUUGAGGUGGCAGUGAGGGGGUGCAACUAUGGACCACUCUCCAGUGACUCCUGCUUGAAAAUGGGUGACUGUCAGGAUCAGCAUGCUAUUGCCACAUGCUGGUCUUCACUGUUCGAGCAGAGGGAUCACACUCACCUUGAGCUGACACCUUCAGGAAAUGUAGGGAAAAGAAUGGAAAACAAAAUAAAACUGAACAAAUACCAUGAGAACUUUUGAGGCUGUUAUUGUUGAUCGCCUGGCAUAGCCGAAUUACAUCGUUAUUGUUUCAGCCUGAAGUUUGUCUUCCUAGUGGAUAUUUUUAUUGACUUAUUCAUGGGAUGUGGGCAUUGCUGGCUCAGCCAGCAUUUAUUCUCCCUGUGAGUUAGAGGAAAGAGGUAUGUUUAGGAUCACUAGAAGUUCCACAUUUCUCCCCCCACCCCCUAAACUCCUGUCAUUGGUUACUCAACAGGUCGAUUCUGAUGCUGCCCCAUAUACCAGAAGCAGCUCCAAUAGGAGACGUUAAGCUGGGUAGGUAGAUAAGAUUGUCGGCUUGUUUACAAGUAUUUAUCUAAUUCUCUUUUAAAUGUUAAUAUUGAAUCAGUUUCCAUCUCCCUUUCAGGCCAUGUAUCUGUAUUUCAGUUCACAAAAAUACUCCUCUUCUUUUACCCAGUGGAAACUGUUUCUCCUCAUUUAACCUAUUGAAAUGCUUCAUAAUUUUCAGCCUUUAGCAAACAUCUGCUCAACUUUUCUGCUUUGAGGAGAAAAAUCGCAGCUUCCUCAGUCUUUCCAUGUAAUUGAAGACUCCACAUCCAAGUAAAUCGCCUACAUCCUUUCCUAAUGUACAGUCCAGUGUAAUCUCUGACCUAUCCACAGCUCACCAUGUACAAACAUACACGUUAGAAGCAGGAGUAGGCCACUCGGCCCUUUGAACCUGCUCUGCCAAUCAAUAAGAUCACAGCCUGUCUGUGACCUCACUCUCUAAUUUCCUGCCAACUUUUUGACCCCCUUAUUAGGCAAGACUGUAUCUCUGUCUUACAGCUGUCUGGGGAACAGAGUUAAAAUUUAUUUUUAAAUUGUAUCCACUAGUUCUAGUGUCUCCCUCAUGGGGAAAUACCUUUUCAGCACCCACUCUGUCCAGAUGCCUCAGACUUUUCUGUUUCUAUAAGAUCUCUUCUUUUUCUUCUAAACGCCAGUCAAUACAGGUCCACCCUACCCAACCUUUCCUUUAUAAGAAAACUAAUUGCCCAAUCCCAGGUAUCAGUUGAGUGAACUUUCUCUGAAUUGUUUCUAAUGCAGUGAUUUCCUUUCUUAAAAAUUAGACCAAAACUGUACAUAAUACAAUGCAUCAUACAAUGAUAGCAAAACAACCCAACUUUUAUAUUUCAUUCCCUUUCAAUAAAUGACAGCAUUUAAUUUGCCUUUGUAUUCAUUUGCCGUACCUACCAAGUAAUGUUUUAUGAUUCAUAUAUCAGGGCAUGCAGAUCCAUCUGUAGCUCAGAGUCCUGCAGUCUGUCUCCAUUUAAAUUAUAUGCUGCUUUUCUUGCUGCCAAAGUGGAUGAUAUUCUUAGAUGUAGCACCAGUUCAAUGUAAAAAAAAAUGACAUUAGGCUUGGGGAAUGAUCCCUUUCCAGAAAACCUGUGUGGUUGGUGUUUGCAGAGAGCAUUAUUAAGGUGAGCAAUGAAUUCACUCCAUGGAAAGUGAAGACCAAAAUCAGCAACAACAAUAGAAAUCAAAACCCACUCCUACUGACAUCUACUGAAAGCUUUGCAAGGGGGUUAAUUGGAUAACUCAGCUCCCACAUGCAUGUUGGCUGAAUGGUCUGCCCCAUUUGCUUCAAUGAGUUAUUCACUGACAGACUUGUGAUUAAAUCUUCAACCACUGCAAUCUGUAUCUAGUCUUUGUGAAUAAUUCAAUUCUGAAUGAAGUUAGUUGUAUUUUUCUGCUGACAAAGUGUGCCAGAGUAAAUAUGAAUCAGUGAA